GGUCGGGGAAGCAUUUUCUGACGGACGCAUCAGUCAUUGUUGUUGCCUUGUGUAACUUUGAUGAUGACGAAGUUGAAUGUAGGAUUAUGAAUGAAUUGUCAGUGCUCAGUCAUUUAGCUAGCUAACUGUGUUUAGCUGUUUAAAAUGCCCUCGCGGAUUGUAUGUAAAGGCACAGCUGCGGCUGUCGCUGCAAGAAGAAUAAGGAAUAUUUUGGGACCUGUUAUGUUGAAGGGUGAACGGACAUGUUCCAUUCACAAUGUUCAAAGCAAAUUCUUAAACACGUCCUCAGGUGACAUUGUGAAAAUUGGAGACCUUUCAUACCAGCUCAAGAAGCCCCAAAGACCAGAGCUUGUUCCCAUAAAACACAUGAUGGAUUCCUUGCCCCAGACGGUUGUUCAGCAUCUCAGAUGGAUUAUGCAAAAGGAUCUGUUGGGGCAAGAUGUGUUCCUCAUAGGACCCCCAGGCCCACUGAGGCGUUCCGUAGCUAUGCAGUACCUGGAGUUGACAAAACGGGAAGUUGAAUAUGUUGCCCUCUCUCGUGACACCACUGAAACAGAUCUUAAACAACGCAGAGAGAUAAGAGCUGGAACGGCCUUCUACGUCGAUCAGUGUGCAGUCCGUGCAGCCACGGAGGGGCGCAUCCUCGUCCUGGAGGGGCUGGAGAAGGCUGAGAGGAACGUGCUACCAGUUCUAAACAACCUGCUGGAGAACAGAGAAAUGCAACUGGAGGAUGGGCGCUUUCUCAUGUCAUCACAGCGCUACGACAGUCUCCUAAAGGAGCACACCAAAGAGGAGCUUGAUUCUUGGAAGAUUGUGCGUGUGAGUGAGGACUUCCGUGUUAUUGCCUUGGGUCUUCCUGUUCCAAGAUACACCGGGAACCCACUCGAUCCACCGCUACGAUCACGUUUCCAAGCCCGAGACAUCUACUACCUACCCUUCAAGGACCAGCUGGAGCUGUUAUACAGCCUAGGACCCAAUGUGGCAGCACAGAGGAUUUCACAGCUUCUUUCUGUUGCUACCGCCCUCUGCUCCCAAGAGUCUGCUAAUCUGGCCAUACCUGAUUUCCCUGUGGACAACCUGGCCUCAGCUGUCAAAGUCUUGAAUCUCUUCCCCAUGCUGACCCCCCAGCAACUGAUCCGGAGACUGUAUCCCUAUCACGUCAUCCUUGGCAAAGAGGGGCGCACUGCUGUGGAGGGUUUACUCCAUCGGUUUGAACUUGUUGAGUCUCGUGAGAGCCAAGUUUCUGAGGUGGUCAGCGUGGAAUCUGUAAGUACAGAGACGACUGCUCAAGUGGCUGUUACCAUCCGUACUGCAGCUGAUAAUAUCACUUUUCAGGUUCCAUCUGGGGUUUGUCCCCCCUGUUCACCCCACAGGAGCUCUGGCUUCAUCAAGAUACCUACCCAUUCUUCCCUGCUUGCAGAGAUGAUGCAAUCCCAUCUUGUCAAAGACAUUUGUCUGAUUGGAGCCAAGGGGUGUGGGAAAUCAGUGAUUGUCCGUGAGUUUGCUGACAUGCUGGGGUAUACCAUCGAGCCCAUAAUGUUGUAUCAGGACAUGACUGCGCGGGACCUCCUUCAGCAGCGGUACACCCUACCCAAUGGGGACACGGCUUGGAGAGCUUCCCCUCUAGUGAGUGCUGCUCAGGAGGGCAAGCUGGUUAUACUCGAUGGUAUCCACAGGGUCAACCUAGGCACACUGGCUGUUCUCUCCAGGUUGCUUCAUGAUCGAGAGUUGUCGCUAUAUGAUGGCACCCGUUUGCUCAGGUGGGACAGGUACCAGGCUCUUCAGCAGGAGCUGCAGCUAUCUGAUGAGGAGCUACAGCAGAGGUCGGUGUUUCCUGUGCAUCCAUCUUUCCGUGUGGUGGCCUUGGCUGAGCCCCCAGUAGCAGGCAGUAGCACACAGCAGUGGCUGGGCCCUGAGAUGCUCACCAUGUUCCUCUUCCACACAGUCAACCAGCUGGGCAAGGCUGAGGAGGCCGCCAUCAUCCAGGGCAUGAUCCCACAUGUCCCAAAAGCAGCUGUGGACCAGUUGCUUCAACUCAGCCACAGUCUCAGGCAAACCAACGACCCCACAGCCCAGUCUUUGGCCUCGUCACUCUCCACCAGACAGUUGCUUAGGAUAUGCCGACGUAUCUCGCAGUAUCCAGAAGAGAGUAUUGCACAUGCUGUCAACAAGGCUUGCCUGUCCAGAUUUUUGCCCAGCUUGGGUCGCACUGCCUUGCAAAAGUACCUUGCCGAUUGUUCCAUCCAGGAGUUGUCCCAGUCAGCCACAUUACACAAUUACACAUGCACAGUUCAAAAUGGUAUCCUAACUAUAGGGCAGGUGUCAGCUCCUGUCUUCAAAGCUGAUGAGAAGAUGAAGGUUCCGGAUGUGCUCUUCUAUGAGAACAAACAGCACAUGAUGGUGAUGGAGGACAUGCUGAAGGACUUCCUGCUGGGAGAACAUCUGCUGCUGGUGGGGAACCAGGGUGUGGGGAAGAAUAAGGUUGUUGACCGCUUUCUACAUCUGAUGAAUCGGCCAAGAGAAUACCUGCAACUUCAUAGAGACACGACAGUGCAGACGUUAACGCUGCAGCCCUCAGUACGAGAUGGGAUCAUUGUGUAUGAAGACUCACCUUUGGUAAAAGCAGUGAAAAUGGGACACAUCUUGGUCAUCGAUGAAGCAGACAAAGCCCCCACCAACGUGACGUGCAUCCUGAAGACCCUGGUAGAGGACGGGGAGAUGAUCCUGGCAGAUGGAAGGAGGAUUGUGUCAGAAGCGUCUGAAAUGUCCAAUGUCAUUGUUAUGCAUCCAAACUUCAGGAUGAUUGUUUUGGCCAACCGGCCUGGUUUUCCAUUUUUGGGGAAUGACUUCUUUGGUGCACUUGGCGAUAUCUUCAGUUGUCAUUCUGUUGACAAUCCCAAGCCAGAAGCAGAGCUUGCAAUGCUAAGACAAUACGGGCCGGAUGUCCCAGAAGCCAUUCUGCAGAAGCUAGUGGCUGCUUUUGGAGAGCUGCGAGCCAUGGCAGACAAGGGCACCAUCACGUACCCUUACUCAACCAGGGAAGUGGUCAAUAUUGUCAAACACCUUCAGAAAUUUCCAGAUGAGGGACUUGCCAAUGUGGUACGAAACGUUUUUGACUUCGACUCCUACAACAAGGAUGCACGUGAAGUGCUGAUUACAGCCCUGCACAAGCAUGGCAUCCCUAUCGGGGCCAAGAUCAGCAGUGUGCACCUUGCUAAGGAGUUGCCACUCCCUGCGUGCCAGAUGUCUGGAUACUGGACCAUAAAUCAAAGUGGAAAUGCACGGCGCAAACUCUUGUGCCCCACUGAAUCGCAUAAAAUAGACAUCAAGGGCCCAGUCUUCCUGCGUGUCCAGCCUUAUGACAUUGAGAGGCACGAGUCCAGAGCGGUGAGCUUCACUGAAGAGCACGCCCACUGGCAGAUCCCUAUGAAUGAGGUCAACAUCAUCUGUGAUGUCACCACUGCUAAGGAUGUCAUCUUCGUGGCCACAUGUAAUCCAGUGUCCAUCUAUGCCAUGAAAGAAAAGGCAAAUACGUUGCACUGUGUGGAGCUCUAUGAGCUCUUCCCAAGAACGCUGAGUGCUCGGCAGCCUUUGAUCACCGUAGCACCUCUUGGGGAACCCCUCGAUGGCCAGGUGAUCCUCCAUGAAGAACAGAGUAACACAGUGCUGCACCUGGACCUGGUGACCGGGGCUACAAGGAGGCUGCUGUUCACUGAGGAUAAAGAGGAGGCCGCACACAAAACCUCUCAAUGGUGGAGCAGCAAGAAGGGUCAGGUCAAUCAGCCUAACUUCAAAAUGUGCCGGGAGUUUUCCCAAAAGAAUUGGCUUCUUUUCUACAAAGAAGAUGGGAAUCAGCUGGAAGUCCUGGAUAUAUUGGAGGGACAGGUUCACACCAUCUCACUUCCCAUCAACCUGAAAGCUGUCUUCAUGGUGGCUGAGGACCGCUGGCUUCUGGUUGAGAACAAGACAAACAAGAAGUUCCUGUUAACCAAGCCCAUGCACAUGGGUGCGGAGGACUCUGGUGUCUGCCAACUGCACACCGUCACUGAGGAACCACAUGGCAUGGGCUUUGGCAUGAGCUCAGAGAUAACUAUCCCCCAGGAGAUAUCCAGUGCCCAGUUGUCCCCUGAGAACCUGAGUGCGGUUUUAGACCAGAAGAUUAUCUCCCCUAACCGCCUUUUCUGUGAUAGCAGCACCUACGCCAGGGUCAUUGUGGGUUUCCCUGAUCUUAUGUCACCUAAUGAAGUGCACACAUUUAAAAGAGAGAGCCCCCUCACUGAUGGUAGGGGUGUGGACGUGUUCUUCGGAGGGAGUCGGCACAUUGGACCUCCUAAGAGGAUGAACUGUGUGACUUUAUUAACGACCAACCAGGUAGUGAGAGCUCUGCAGGCCUCACAAGUGCCCCUGGCUGACAUCUACCCAAAAGAUGUCAGUCCACCUAUGACAGCUGCAUACUUGGAGGUGACUGACCUCAACCUCAAAAAGGUCAAAUACAUCCCUGUUCCAAGGUCAUCAACUGUGUCCCCCUACACUGCUUGGAUCUCAAAGUUGUCCGACACUGAUGUACUGCUGGCUCCUCUUGGCACUGGAGGUGUUGUGACUGUGGACAUGGGAGGCUACGUGCGCCUGUGGGAGACCGGACUAGACAACCUGCAGCGCUCUCUGCUGGAGUGGAGGGGAAUGAUUGGAGCUGAGGAUGGUCGCCCAAUACAAAUUACAAUCCAGAGGGACAGCAACCUGGAUGUCAGCGCUCCCAAACAUGGCAAGGUUGACGCCAACAACGAUCCCCAUGUGGGUGGAAACCAGUGGGCUGGGGGCACAGGGGGCAGAGACACAGCGGGGCUCGGGGGUAAGGGAGGCCCCUACCGUUUGGACGCGGGACACAAAGUGCACCAGGUCUCCCAGGUGGAGAAGGAUGCUGUACCUGACGAGGUCAAAAAGGCAGCACGUGAGAUGGGCGAGAAGGCUUUUAAAGAGAGACUUAAAGAGAUUAACAUGAGUGAGUUUGAUGCCUCCACUUAUGAGCGCUUUUCCGGAGCAGUCCAUCGGCAAGUUCAGUCUCUUCGAAUCAUUCUGGAUAGCCUUCAGGCAAAGGGAAAAGAGAGGCAGUGGCUCAAGAAUCAGACUCUGGGCGAACUGGAUGACUCCAAAAUCAUUGAUGGCCUCACUGGGGAGAAAGCCAUCUAUAAGCGCAGAGGAGAGCAGGAACCAGAGCUGGGCACCCCACAGCAGAAACCCAAACGGUUGCGUCUCCUGGUCGACGUUUCAGGCAGCAUGUACCGUUUCAAUGGGCUGGAUGGCCGAUUGGAGCGCUCAAUGGAGGCUGUUUGCAUGGUGAUGGAGGCGCUGGAGAGCUAUGAGCACAAGUUUAAAUAUGAUGUUGUAGGCCAUUCAGGAGACGGAUUUGAUCUGGAGUUGGUUAGAAGUGACAAAGUCCCUAAAAACAACAAAGAGAGGCUGAAGGUUCUGAAGACCAUGCACGCCCACGCCCAGUUCUGCAUGAGUGGCGACUACACGCUGGAGGGCACAGAGCAUGCCAUGCAGGAGCUGGCCAAGGAGGAGGCCGAUGAGCAUUUUGUUGUGGUUCUGAGUGAUGCCAACCUAGAGCGCUAUGGCAUCAGCCCAGAUCGCUUUGCCCAGGUGCUCACAAGCAACCCGCAGGUCAAUGCCUUCGCUGUCUUUAUUGGCUCGCUUGGAGACCAGGCUGAAAGGCUUCAGAGAACGCUGCCAUCAGGACGAUCUUUCGUUGCCAUGGACACAAAGCAGAUCCCUCAGAUCUUGCAGCAGAUCUUCACGUCCACCAUGUUGUCAAGUGCCUGAGGUGGCUGUGCCUGAUCCAUAGAGUGCCAGCACCCUGAAGUCUGUUCCAUAGAGUCCCAGCACCCUGAAGUUCACUCUUGGGCACUCAGCUGUGGACACCAGCCUAAACCUAGUCAUGCAUGUUUCAUCUUGAAAUACCUGCUGCUGCUGCUGCUGCUGCCGCCCAUUUUUAUCUGAACAAUUUACAAUUUCUAGGGUUAGGGUUGUAAACCUUUUUUUAAUGAAGAUGAUGUACAUGAAUAAUACACCUAACACACUCAUGAUGUGUAAAUGACAUGAAUCCAUAUGUUAAAAUAUUGAAAAUAACUCUACCCACACGUGCACAGAUGGAGUAUUAAGAGGGCCAUAUCACAAAAUGUAUCAAAAAAAUGUGUUAAUAUAUCAUUCAAUAAAUCAAAAAAUAUUUAAUUGU